AUGUUAUUGGGAACGCAAAAUCCAGCGGCGAUGGCAGCUGCGGCGGCGGCCGCUGCUGCUGCAGCCGCUCUGGCCGCAGCCAAGGGAUCUUCCGAUGGAACAGUUGCGGGAUCCGGUUCCGGUGGUGGAGCGACCGAUUUUUCGAUAGCCGCCAUCAUGGCACGGGGAGCGGCUGCCGCAGCUGCUGCCAGUCGAGUGAACGGAAGUCCCGGCGGUGGCGGUGGAAGCUCCAGCCGAGAACCUUCGGAGAGGAGCAUAAGUCCAAUCUCCAUCGAUCGUUUUCCCGAGGGCGAUGACGAUGUGGACGUUGAUGUGGAGCAGUGCAGUGACUCGGAGACGCCAUCCCGUGGCUCUAACAGGGCCAACAAUUCGCGGACAACCGGAACACCAACCAGUCCGUCGGACGAGGAGCGAUCAACGCCGGAACCCUCAUCGUUGAAAAGCAAAAUCACCGGCAGCUGCAAUUCCGAGGAUCUGCGACCGGUGCAGUGUCACCUGGAAACGAAAGAACUUUGGGACAAGUUCCACGACCUGGGGACCGAGAUGAUUAUCACCAAAACCGGGCGACGGAUGUUUCCAACGGUACGAGUUUCAUUUUCCGGUCCACUUCGGCAGUCCAGUCCAGCCGAUCGGUACGUGGUUCUGCUGGAUAUCGUUCCGAUGGAUAACCGCCGCUAUCGGUAUGCUUACCACCGAUCGUCGUGGCUGGUGGCCGGCAAAGCGGAUCCUCCUCCCCCGCCACGACUUUAUGCCCAUCCGGAUACUCCACUGGGAGCGGAAGCACUACGCAAGCAGGUCAUCUCCUUCGAGAAGGUUAAACUGACCAACAACGAGAUGGACAAGAGCGGUCAAAUCGUCCUCAACUCGAUGCACCGCUACCAGCCCCGGAUCCACCUGGUUCGCCUCGGGCCAGGCCAGCAGGUCCCGGCCAGCCCACGGGAACUGCUCGAAGUCGACCACAAAACGUUCGUCUAUCCGGAAACGGUCUUCACGGCGGUGACCGCCUACCAGAAUCAGCUCAUCACCAAGCUCAAGAUUGAUUCCAACCCAUUCGCCAAGGGUUUCCGGGACUCGUCCCGACUGACGGACUUUGACAGUUUCCCAAGCAUGGACCCCAUGGACGCUCUUCUGCUCGAGCAACACCUCCGUGCUCCGUUGCGCCUCUUCCAUGAUCCUCUGCUGGCGCAGUUUGCCGUCGGGCCGUCUCAGGAUAUGGACGGUGCCCAAGCGGCUCUCAUCGAGAAAGCUCGUCAGCAUCUGCAGAUGUGGGGUCGAUCGCCGUACAGCGACCUGCUCCUGCCACAGAUCUACCAGCGGCCCCCGCAGAUGAAUCUGGGAGGACUCUGGCAAAGCCAGUGGCCUCCGCAGAUCCCACCGUCAUUCCUUCAGAAUGCUGCCGCAGCAGCGGUCGCCGUUUCACAGGCAUCCACGCCGCCACCGCCACCGGUUUCAACGCCGUCCAGUUCCGGCUCACCCUCGCCGUCGGAUAUGCGAACGAAACAUUUUGCCCGCUUCAGCCCCUACCAGCUGCCUCCUCAGCAUUCGAUGCCCCAGAAUCAUACGCACCCCUCACCAUCGGCACGGAGUCCUUCCAACUAA